GCUUUCAAAAUCAACUAUUUUGUCCUUCUUUUGAGUGGAUCUUGAGGAAUUUUAGGCAACGGAAGUUGUUGAAUCGAUAUCCAUUCCUUCAAUUUCUGAUGGUGCGAGUGCUAGUGGUGGUCAAAUGACAGAAUCAAAAUGCGAGUGUGGUUUAGCACCUGUGUUGAGGACAGCACUAACAUUCCAGAACAUGGGAAAAAGGUUUUGGGGAUGUCCAAAUUUCUUGACUGGAAAGCCUUGCAAGUUCUUCCAUUUUAUUCUUGGUGAUAAGGUGAUUGAGGGUAAAGCAAGGGAUCUGUUACUGAGGUUGAAAGAUAAGCAGCUUCGAUUUCAGUCCGAGAAUGAAAGGCUGAAGAAGGAAAAUAAUGAUUUAAUGAAGGCAAGGGCUGAUUUGAUAAAGGGAAAUGAUGAUGAUUUGAUGAAGGAAAAUGCUAGAUUAUUAGUGGAAAAUGGGAACUUGCUACACGAGAAUGGGGUCUUAAUAGCUAAAUCUGAAUCACUAGUGAAGAAGAUUAAGCAUUUGGAGAAGAAAGUGAAAAGAAGUGAGAGGAUUUGCAUAAGAUCAUAAAAAGUUUGUAUCAUUUUGUGUGUGUUUUGCAUGUUAAGUGCUGCAUCUGCUAUUGGUCUGUUUAUUGCCCUACAUAACUGCAGUAGAAUCCAGGUUUUUGUUAGUUUAUUGACCUACAAAGGCUGCACUAGAAUCCAGGUUCUUGUGAGUUUAUUGGCCUAUAGAAGCUUUUCUUUUUGUCUGAACCAAUUGUAAUGUGCCUCUUUGCCUAAAACCUAAUAUAAUAUCGAAGAUUCUAUGCUGUUGAAAUCUGUUAUAAAUGUUGUACCUGAAU